AUGUUUGCUACGAGAAAGAAGUUCUUCAUAUUCGUUGCUAUUGUAUUGUUUCUAUUCUCCUACUAUCUAUUCUUGAGCUAUAGUCUAGAGAGAGCACAACAUAAAGAUGAACAACUACAAAAUGAACGUCAUAAACAGCCACAAUACAAAGGAGUUGAUGAUGAUACUAUAGAUACAAAGGAUAAUGAUGAUGAUGAUGAUGAUACAAAGAACAACAAUAACAACAAUAAUAACAAUAAUAAUAAUAAUGAUUUACAUGAUAAACGAGAUAAUAAUGACAACCAACCACCACCAACAAAGAAGGUAGACAUCCCUAUUGUAGUACAAAAUGAUGACGAGGACAAGGAUGUACAUAUCAAAGUUAAUGAUGAUGAUGAUAAAGAUAAAGUGGACAUCGAUCAAGUUUGUAGAGAGGGUAACUCUGCUCUGCCAAGGACUGUAUACUUUAUCAAUGACAUGGAUGACACUCAUGAGUUUGACAACACUGUUGGACUGCUGCAAGCAUUGCUCGCAGCCAAGCUUGCCUAUCCAAUUGACUCUGCAGUAUCAUAUCACGCUGGCAUGGGCAAUGGUACAUUGAAGGAUCACAUGGAGACAACGGCACUUCGAUACCGUGCCAACAGUAAACACUUCUCAAAGACUCUGUUGGAUUCUGUACGUAUGGCCACAUGUACUGUACUGAUUGUUGGGGAUCUAAACGAUCACAAGUCAUUCAACGAUGGGCUCAAUUCUGCGCUCAAAUCAAUCGAUAGCUUCCAUUCAAAGGACAUCGAUGUCAGGUCGAUCAAAGCUGAGAAUGUCCCAGCCAAAGGAAGUGAUGCUCUGUUUGUUUAUCGAGAGUUAUCAGUGGCUCCUGCAGUG